AACGAGUAGAUGCGACGGCCGUAUCAUAAUUGGGAUAGCCGGUCUAUCACUUUCUGUCCAUAGAGUCAUUCCCGUCUUCUCUCAAUUCCUCCCAUUUCCCUUUUCAAACCUACCUCUCGUACUCGUAUAUGGGGAGUGAGCAGGAAAGGGAGAAGACCGGUUGCUGCCACCAGUACUGAUUCAUUGCAACAGUGGCGACUGUCGUGCGAGGUAGCAUAUUACUCUAUCUCUUCUAACCAAGUAGUGAACACUUGCUCUGCAUACUUCGUGCACUCGUGUGUUUUCUUUCCCCCUUUUUUUUUUGGAUUUGGUCCAUACGGCGGAGGAAGUAGUGAUACAUAAUCAUCCUCCUUUCAAUGCUGUCCAUAGAUUGAACGCCAUUCUUUUGGGGCAUCAUUUGGCCGUUCAACGAGAGUGCAACGUGCGACAGUGCAAAACCAUCAUCAAGAAUAAGUGCAUCGAAAACCGUUCAGUGUUUUGGAUAAAACUCUUCGUUUUUACGCAAUGUUCUCCAUUGAUCCUUACGUCUUCAGCUGCGUUCUGCUUCUAGUACUGGUAAAUGCAGGGCCCAUACUAGCAUCAGAGAAUGACGUCGACGACACCUACAGAAGGGUAGUUCUAGUCGGAACGAAUUUGAAAUUGCCUUGCAGUCCACCAGAUGCCGAAGAUAUAUUAGAGUAUUUCACUUGGAGUAAAAAUGGCGUUCUGCUGCCCGACCGUUCUUCGACUGCCCUUCAAUCUCGUUUUAUUAUUCAGAGUGACUUCUCUCUCCUCAUUGAACGUGUUGCCGAGGAUGACGAGGGAAACUACUCGUGCAGCGUCCAGUCUCACCCUCCACGGACAACUAGCUACUCCGUCCAAGUUGAAGUUCCUGCUGCCAUCGAGGAACUACUCCAUCACGGUGGCAACUCACCCCACUACCAACUACAAGAAGGUAGCGAUUUAGACCUUACCUGCAUGGCCAGCGGACGGCCUCUGCCUACAGUCACAUGGAAAUAUCAAGGAAAAGUGCUUAGCGCCGAAGAGUCAAUCGUUGAUGUUUACCAGAAGGUAUCCAGCGUUCAUCGGAUCGUUGGUGCCCGCAGACUGGAUGCCGGCUCUUACAUUUGCGAGGCGGAUAACGGCGUUGAUCUCCCAGCAACUGCUACAUUCAAUGUCGAGAUUGCUCAUGCUCCGGAGAUUGCGGUAGAACACACUUGGGUUCAUACAGGAUUGGGAGCGCUGACUGAGCUUGCGUGCACGGUGUACGCUCAACCAGCGGCUCAGGUGACGUGGUUCCGGUCAGUUGAAGGUGUCGGAAACGGUGAAGGUGAAAGAAAGCAUCUAGAAGUCCUUCCUUCGAAUCGAAUUGGAACACUGGUUAUGUCUAACGGGCUGAAGCACGUGCUCCGCUUCAAGAGCGUCCGUGACGCAGAUUUGGGGAUCUACACCUGCCGGGCCGAAAAUCCCCAUGGACAGGCGGAAGCCGCUAUUGAAAUGUCCGGCAAAGCGAUGGCAGCUGUCCUGUGGGUGUCACCUCCAAUUCAAUCAAAUAAGGUGCUCGAUUCUGAACAGCAGGAUGACGAUGAGACGAAAAAAAAGCACGUUGGCUACCGACUAAUAUGGGACGCUAUUAGCCAAAGCCCAAUCUACGAAUACCGAUUGUGGCUCAGACCUCGUGGCCAACCCGAGAUUAGCUGGGUUAAUUUGAUCAUUCCAUCCAACUCCUCGGCCGUCUCUUCAUCUCCCUCACUACACAGUCAUGGAUACGACCUGUCCGACCUAGCCACUGGUAUUGUUUACCAGGUAAGUGUCCAGUCUCGCAACCGUUUUGGUUGGAGCGCCGAAUCGAACACGGUCUACCUCUCUGGCGGAGAAGACCCCGAACUGACCGAUUACGACAAUGAUGAAAAAACAUCCAGCAGCAGCACCAGUACUAGCACCAGCAGUAGUGCCAGUACUACAUCCGUCGAACAAUCCAGCAGUACUAUGCCAGAUAGCACGACUACGAUUAUCACUUCGACAGCUAGCCCUUUGACAGCUAGCCCUUUGACAGCGAGCCCUUCGACAGCUAGCUCUUCGGCUAACCCUACGUCCAGUCCUUACUUUAUCUCCAGUCCUUAUCCUUCAUCCAGUCCUUACCCAAGUCCUACCAGCACACCUACGAUUAUCACCAGUUCUAGCAGUUCAACUUUCGAUGAAACUGAAUCCACGGUAGAGUCGACAAUUGAAGUGACUGAAACAGAAGAGACGACGGAAGAUAAUCAAUCAACCUUACCGGUGUUAAUCAUCGACCCAGUGUCGGUCGAUCAUCAUGGAACUCACGAAGAAAUAGAGACGAGUACAAUGGAAACGUCCACAGAACAAUCAACUCCGCAAUCAACCACAGAGUAUGAAUCAUGCUUACCAGAAGGUGAUCAAGAUUGUAAUGAACAUCUGCCGAGCUCCAAUAGUCCGGAAAACCUGCCGUCGUCAAUCGUGAUCGCAGGAAACAGUGCGACAGAUCGCUCACGAUCGCGGUUAACAAACCUGCUUGUCGUUUCGUAUUCAUUGGCAGUCUUCUGUUCAACACUCGUCGUGUUUUGAAGACCCUAAAAACAAAAUGAACAAACGCCCCGACAGGUGGCCUUCUCCAUUGUCUUUCCCUCUUCUCUACAAACUCUGAAAUACUGGCAUAUUUUUUCAUACGACCACUCGUAGACAUAUACUGCAAACUACUCUGGCGAACAACAUAGUUAAGGAAACAAUAACCGUCAAGCAGAUGCUGUCGCGAACGAUAGAAAAAGGGACAAAAAGGAAAAGACAGGAAAAAGCCCGCACGUGCCCUUCUCGCCUACACUGCCUUCAGCUGCGUUCUCCAAAAUACAGUACACAUCGGUACAUAACAAAAUCAACUAUUUUUAGAUUUCCGACUUUUUUUUUCUCUUUUACAAAACAAAAACAGCGCUCGCCCCAUAUCUUUGUGUCGUUCUUUCUCCCCCUACCGGUUCGUCUAACAGUCCGCGACGUGUACACACACGCUACCCAGUAAACAACACCGAAUGGACUUCUUUUCACUUCUCGUAAUGUUAGCAAGCGUGCGACCGGAUUGAUCGAUAUUCCCUUAGUCUUCCCUGGAAAAAAUGAAAAUGAAUGAUUUCAAUGAUUUUCGUUUUGUUUUGAAAAUACGGUGAAAAAAGAAAAAAAAAAUUGAUUAGCGUAGAUUUACGAUGCGUCACCGUGAUUUGAACAAACAGGAGCCGUCGCUUACUGUAUAAUGUGGUUUUUUUUUUCUCAGAAAUGCAUUUGACAAAUAAAGAGACCGUAAUGCGUUGAAGUGUCGGCUCACGUGUUAGAUUCACUCAACGCACUCCAUUCGAUGCUAGUGAGUCGUAAGAAUUGACGGCAUCGACUACGUCCCCCAACUGAAAAAACCAAACAAAAAUCAAAUUACAAAUUAACUUUCUUCUCAUUUUCGAUGCAGGCAAUUUUUUUCCUGGUAUUUUUCCCUAAUAAAAUUAUCUGUCACAAGAUUUAUGGUUCUUUGAAAUACAAUGGUUCUAUA